AUGGACAAGAAAGAGAAGAAGAAUGACAAGAAAAAGGGACUUAGCCCUGUUAAACAGAAGAAAAACGACAAUAAAGAGAAGGACAAAAAGAAGAAUAUACAAGAAGAAGAAGUAGAGGAUGAGGACGAGGAAAAGGAAGAAGAAGAAGAAGAACAAGUUCACAAGCCAACGAAAAAGGAAGCCAAUCAAAAAUCUAGGUGUAGUCCAAAGACGCGCGGUAAGCAACAGAAGCAACAGAGGCAAGUGGCAAAAAGGACAGCAGUGAAGACGCAAAAGAAAAAGGGGAAGAAAAAGGUCAAGAAAGAGGUCAAGGAAGAGGUUAAACCUAAGCCUAAACAAAUUCAGUACAGGUCGAGUUUUCAAAGUUUUGUGAAACUCUUGAAGGACAUAAAGUUCACAACUCUCCAGAAAGAGAAGAUAAGAAAAACGCCAUUUGCUAAUCUUAUAUUUGCUCUGGUUGAUGAGAGCUUGACUGAGGCGUACCUGAGGAAAAGCGACCUGCAUGCUCUUUCACUGAUAAGACGAUAUGAGGGAUCGGGAGGGAGGUUCAACCUAGGAACUAAAUCAGUCAAGAUAACAGCACAAGAGUUUGCACUUGUAUUCGGCAUCCCGUAUGGGCCCAACCGAAUUAAACCAACAACAAAACCAAGGAUGCCAGAAACAAGGUUUGCUAAUGAAAUCUGUGUUCGAGGAGGUAGGAUAAUGACGAAUUCAAGUCUGAAAGAAUACUUCCAAAAAGCUGUGAAGAAAAAGGAUGAAGAAAGUGCAAACGACGUAGCACGUGUGCUAACACUGUAUUUUAUCUCAACAGUGUUUCUCCCAAGCACAGCUUCAAGGGUGAGCUGGAAUUUAAUCGAGUUCAUUGAAGACUUGGAUAGGAUCAGCUCCUAUGACUGGGCAACAUUCUUUACGGAUGAGCUCAUAAGGCAACUGAACGACAAUAUGGAAACACCGGCAUCAACCGGGGGCUGCAUAUCAGGGCUUCUGUAUUGGUUCUGUGAGCACGUGAAAUUGGUAAGCCAAGGAGAUCCAACAAACUUCCCGAGGUUCGUCAAGUGGAGGCUUACCGACCUUAGUGUUGGUUUGGCAAAUAACCCGUUGGAUGUUCUUGAUCCGUUAAUCGUGAACGACUCAAAGUUGGAGGCAACGGAAUUGGAGAAAGAGAUGCUCGGAUUUGUUGAGGUGCCGGAAGAUGAUCAUGUGAAGCCAGAAGAUGGUGAUGACCCAGACCAUGAUGAUGCAAAUACAGAGCUUCAAAAAGAAAAUGAAAUCCUCCGAGAAAAAAUCAAAAGGUUGACGGAGGAGAAUGAGCAAAAAGAUGCUACAAUUGCCCAGCUUCAGAAAAGAAUUUCAGAGCUUCAAGACGAGACAUAUGAGGAAACAGUUGCUGAACUCAAUUUUGAAGUGGAGACUGCUCAUGUUGAGAGGGAUUUUUUUGUGAAAGAGGUUGAGCAUAAGGAAGUUGAGAUCUGCAGCGUGCUCGUAGAGAACGACAUUAUAGUUGAAAAGCUAGAAAGAGCAGAGGGAACCAUUGACGACAUAGAGACACAUAUUAUUACCCAACAAUUCAAGACAAGUGAAAGUGUGGAAGAAGAAGAAGAAGAAGAAGAAAAAGAAGAAGAAUGUGGUCCUGAGCAUCAAAUGGUACCGGAUGAAGAAGUGGGAAGGACAACUAUUGAAGCUUUCACGGGUGUACUAGCUGAAAACAGUCCAAAACCAACCAAGAAAAAGAGGAAACAGGUGGACCCUUCAUCUCUUGUACAGAACGUGAAAAAUGAGACAAGAAUAGAGAAGAGGGAGGAUGGUUUCGUCUAUGAAGACCUAAAGAAGGUAAAGAAGAAUAAACAGGAGGAGAUGGAUGAUGUGAUACCAAAAUGGAAAGUUGAAAAAACAAAAUUGGGUAAAUGGCUGGAAGAAGAAGACAAAGCGUUGCUGAAUCUGUUUUAUGACCUAAACCAGGGGCAAGUGAAUGAAGAAGUCUGGACAGACAACGAAACAACUUAUACCAUAACUUUCAAAUCAAUAAUAAAGCUUUUGGAUGAACUAGACAUGGGGAACGAGGUAAUAGACGGGUACACAUCAAUGCUGAAAAGGGAGCAGGAAGUUAAACAACUGAUGCAAGGAAACAGUGUGUUCUUCACAUCCACCUGCUGGACACUUAUCACAAUGGCAAACCAGUCCCCCAAAAAGUUUCUCAUUGAUAGCAAACUUGAACAACUCUACAACGAAUUACAUGACAGGAGCUUAGAUUACUUUCGGUACCUUGUUUUCCCGAUGAACUCUUCAGGAAAUAAGACGAACAAAAACAGUCCAUAUCAUUGGACUCUGCUUGUUUAUGAUAUGCAAGAGCAGGAAUGGAAGCAUUAUAAUUCAUUGAAACCAAGAAAGAAGGAGAAAUCAGGCGACCCUUACCUUAAAGAUGCUGCAAUAGUGAAAGAUGCUGUUGAGAAAUUCAUGAAGCAAUUGGAAGAAAGAAGGAGUAGUCAGCCACAAUUCAACUUGCUAACUCCCAUAGAGUCAAUCUUUAAAGAUGGUGCUCAACUAAGAACAGUGCAAGAAGCACCACAACAGAAUAUUGCUUCGGUUGAUUGUGGACCUGUUGUUUGUUAUGUCAUCAAAAAGAUUGCAGAGCUUGAAGAAAUACCACAAAAGAUUGAAAAAGAAGAUGUUUCAGCUUUUAGAGUGCAUUUGGUCCACAAGAUUUUACAUGAUGAGCCAAGAUCAUGGACGAAAGAAACGUGGCAAGACAAAAAACUAGCUCACGAUUUUACUUCUGAUCAGUAGAGAAAUCUGGAUUCAGCACUGGUUUAGGAGCAAAUUCUCCUCUUUUGUUUA